AUGCUGACUCCAUUUGGGACACGAAUCCGUUUCUGGUUUGGGCGGCUCCUGGCUGAAGGACAUCUUGGUGCUCCAGUGCAGCGGCUUCUAGAACCAAGUGUCCCGGGCUCUGCAGCAGUGGCCUGCACUCAUCAGAACAGAAGCCCAGACCCACUUAACUCAGCUGAGAAGAUUCACAAAGUGCCUGGUGGCUACAGACCCUCACCAUUUGACAAGAAAAUCCUCUUGUGGACGAGGCGCUUCAAGAAAGAAGAUGAAAUUCCUCUAAGGAUCCCGCUGGAGAUGAUGGAUGCUGCCAGGAAUAAAGCUCGAAUCAAGGGGUGUUACAUUAUGAUUGGUCUCACCAUUGUUGCCUGCUUUGCUGUGAUCACAUCUGCUAAAAGAGCUGCUGAACACCACGAGACCCUCACCAGCUGGAACCUAGCAAAGAAAGCCAAGUGGCGUGAAGAAGCUGCAAUAGCUGCUGAGUCCAAGGCUAAAUAG